AACACGCCUUGUGAGGGAUCCACACCCAAAAAUCUCCAAACACGAUAUCGAAGAGGCGAAAUCGCAGAUGGCUUCUUCUCUAAUGGCUUCCUUUUCCUCUCUCCCGGCCAAGUCUUGUCGUCCUUCCCACGCCUCGCUGGCCUCUUCUAGUUCUGUCUUCAUCAGCAGCGGCGGAAGGGCCUUGGCGCCGCCGGCGAAUCUCAGCCUCGUGGCUCGUCGGAGGAGGACCGGUGGUGGCCAAAGCUCCCGGGGGCUCGACUGCCGCUGCCUAUUUGGGCUCGGCGUGCCGGAGCUCGUCGUCAUCGCCGGCGUUGCCGCGCUUGUCUUUGGUCCAAAGAAGCUGCCAGAAAUCGGCCGGAGUAUUGGGAAGACUGUGAAAAGUUUCCAGCAGGCGGCAAAGGAGUUUGAGACUGAGCUGAAAAAGGAACCUGAAGAGGGAACUCAACCCCCUCCUCCUCAGAACCCUAAUGCUUCAGUAGAGAAUCUGGGAGCUGCUAAAAGUGAAGAUGAUAAGAAGGAGCUUGAAGCUUCAGGUACAAAGGAGAGCACCUGAAAUAAGGAUUCCUUAUAUAUCUUCUGUUUAUUUAUUGUUUUAACUGUAGAUUGCAGUAUCUCUUUGCCUAGCAAUAAUGUAGGAUAUGCGCAUUUUUUAUUUUGGAGACUCUUUGAUUCCCUACCAAAUGUAGUAUCUGCUCAAUAUUAACCAAAUUGUGUGUUUCCUGUGUUAUCUAUUUUUUGGCACACUAAAUACAGAAUAAGGGAUUUUGAGACCAAUAGUAA